AUGAUUCUCCUCCUUCACAAAGUGAACGCAGCCGAACACAAGCCAUCCGAGCGCGAACGAUCGUCCCAAAACCCUAUCCCAUACGUGUCCCUGAUCCUCCACGACCGGGUGCCGGACCUGAUGCCUGAGGAUUGUUCUGAGGAUCGUUCAUCAAAAGCCCCUGCGGUUUACAGCACCUUUGCCAAGGCUACCGCGGCCGUCCUGGCCCUCUUCUGA